AUGCUUGGAACAUUGAAUCAGACUCCCAUGGACGCCAGGGAAAGCGAGCGUGUAUAUGCCUCCCACGCGUUGACGGAUACCCCUUAUCAGACUCUCAUGUCUCGUCAAUCGAUGAGCUGGAUGGAAUCUCCUCCCAAACCGUCCUCUCACCAGCUACGAUUCGACCUAACUGACGGGCAUGAAUCCCGCAGCAAGUUCGAUGCUGUAGGCGACGAAUCCAUCUCCCCCCUCGACCCUCGACGGUUUACGCCUACGCUACAUGCAUCUCUGGUGUCGGAAAUCCUGUCUCUGCGCCGCGAACUGGAAGGUAAAUCUAACACUAUAGAAACGCUCGAGUUGAGUCUUGAUGUCUCCAGGGCAGAGGAAGAAUCGCUGCAGGAGUCGCUCGCCAAUAAUGCAAAGGAAACCAGGACCUUGAAGAAGCAGCUGCAGUUGCUCGAGGGCGGGUCCCUAAGUGCUGUCACUGAGCUAACCAAGGAGAGAGACGAUGCGUGGGAGACUAUAGCAGAGUCUAGAAAACGGCUGGAGGACGCUCAGAAGAGGGCAAAGUCGCACCAGGACCAGGCAGAGCGGACGCAGGAACUAUGGGAUCUCGAUCGACAGCGCUGGGAAGACGAGAAACGGAAACUCGAGACGAAAGUUCACAUCGUCGAGGGACGUCUGAAGACUGUCAUUAAUGAGAUCACGACGUCAUCUCAGGGCGCCAACGGGAAACAUGGUCACCAACCCGAUGGCCAGCCGGACGAGCUGGACAUGGGCCAUACGGCAUCAACAACGCCCAGGGCUCUCGAUGCGAUGAGCGUGCGAUCGGACAGCCCAGUGUCAGGGCGUAGGAACAGUAACUCCAGUGUCAGCACCUACAGCAGCGACGUCAACCACAUCCGCUGCUCUGUUACGGGCCUCACCAAUGGUACAAGUCCCGGAGGUACCAAUCUUGCCGACGAGCUUGCUUUCGACGACACCGAGGAUGAAGAGGCCGAGACUCUGGAGGCCGCACAUAACGCUACUCAGAUCCAGUCAGAGGAUGAAUCGGAACACUUCCCAUCGAUACACGAGCGCAGACCCAUGUCAAGCCAGUCGUUACUCACAGGCCAAAAGGCUAGAAGGAUUCUCGGACUUUCGUUUGAUUCAAUGAGCUCCCAGAAUUCUCCAGUGAGGGAUCAUUGGUCAAAUCCUGCCUCGCCGAGGAGUCUAUGCGAAAUACCUGAGACUCCGACCACCGAGACUCCCAUCUCCAAGGCAACAUAUCGAGAUGUUGGGAUACAGUUCACUCCACCUCCAUCCCCUCGCGGGGAGACGAUGGUCAAUGGAACCCACGAUCCGUUUACCCCUCCACUCGUCCUGGAGGCGCCUUGCACGCCUCCAGAGGCUGAUGAUAUGGUAGGUGUAACUGGGAAGAGCUCCCCAGUCUAUGAAACGUUGGACAUGGGAGUUCAAACCAGCCCGGCCGAUGUCGUAUCUACCGAAUGCCAAACCGCUGAGGAUUUCCCUGAUACCCAAUCUCAGCAGGAGAUAGAGCUGCAGAUCGUGGAUCACAGAUCAGAUCCAAGCUUGAUGAUAACGGCCUCAACCCAAACUGAAGACGUUCCAGCCCCUGAACCGCCCACCGAAUCCCCCGAGUUCAGUAUUCCGAUGAUUACCAUCCAACCCCCAAUGUCCAACCCUGCGACUCCUAGAACUAGUGUCGUCCUACCUCCGCAGACGAAGAAUGCCUUUUCUCAGACUCUCCCCGAGCCGCAAUCGGACAUGCAAUCGUCUGGAAUGCAAACCGAAGAAAUCCGCGUUGAUAAGAGAACCGUUAGGCUACAUUCAGAUCUGCUUCCAUCUGCCUUCCCAGACCAUCCAGCUGAAACUGGCCCUGCCGAUGAGAAAAAGCCGCCGUUCGUCUAUCAGCCAUAUCGUCCGCCUGCCUCGAGUGUAUCGUCAGUCUCUCGAUUACGGGAUCCGCCACCCGUUGAUACCCCGAUCUCACUUGGCACUACCAGCCAGGCUUAUCCCGGUAACAACGACAACGGCCCGCUCACUGGCGACAUGCAGCGUGAUAUUAGACGCCCCUUCAGGUCUAGUAGCUUGUUUGCUGGGUUUGAUCAUGAGAGUGAUGACGAAGUACCCCAUCUACCUCUUGAGGAGGUGUUCAAUGACGACGAUUCGAUAUUAAAUCGACCAAUGGCCUCGUACACCAUCAGGAUGGGUAAACUGGUAUCGAAAUCCACCGGCUCUAUUCUAGACGAAAGCCCAAUGGAAAUGCACGAAGAUGAAGAGUUUAUGUCUGGCCAGUCGAUGGGCGAUGACCAAUUUGCUAGCGGCAGCCUACGCCGCUCUUCAGCAACUCGCGGGAAGCCGUCUGUCAGGGGGUCGACGAGAUCGAAUAAGAGCGGAACGUCGAGACAGCCUCUAAAUAUCCGACGAGCGGCCAUGAUGUCUAGCUCGGUAGCUGCGCAUCAAUCCACAUCAAGGCCACGAAGCCCAAGCGCUCCCAACAUAGCAAACCCGGCUAAUGUUGUAACUCGCCCUCCAUUCCCAGUCCCCGCUCGCCUCAGUUCCCGGAAGGUUCCUACGAUUGCGAGUGAAGGAGCUCAGAGUCCUACCCCCUAUGGAAACGGAUCGAUCUCUGAUCACAGCACUAUGGGACGGGAUCUCCCUCUUCGCAAGAUACGGUCCGCCGCUGCAGUGUCGAAACCACAUUAUCGUGAUGACCAUGCUAGCUCUACUCGUUCUCCUACUGCCAUGUCGACCUCAUCUGCUGGCCCAGAGAGCCCGCAGUAUUCCUCCCAUCGCUCGCCCCAGCCAUUCGAUAUCGCAGCUCUCUCUAAUAAAAACACCAGCACCUAUGGUUCACGCCGGCCAUCAAGAGCAGGGGAGCCCUAUCACGAACGAAAGGAAUCUGCUGCUGUGUCUGUUCAGCAAACUAGUGUUGUUGAUGCUAUUGCCCAGACCAUGGUUGGUGAAUGGAUGUACAAGUAUGUACGAAGAAGAAAGUCGUUUGGAAUGUCCGAGGCCCCCAAAGAUAAAGACAAGGAUGGUUGGGAAGCUGGUAAGAACACUGAAGAGAUGUCUGCCAAUAUCUCUGGCAACGGAGUAAGACACAAGAGAUGGGUAUGGCUUGCACCGUACGAAAGGGCCGUUAUGUGGAGUAGUAAACAGCCGACGAGCGGAUCCGCUUUGCUGGGCAAGAGUGGACGAAAGUUGAUCAUUCAAUCCGUGCUCGAUGUGAAGGACGAAAACCCCUUGCCCCGUGGCGCAACUCAACAGAACUCAUUCAACCGUUCGAUCCUUAUCCUGACUCCGCAGAGAGCUUUGAAAUUCACAGCUCUAUCGCUGGAGCGCCAUUUUGUUUGGUUAACCGCCUUGUCCUUCCUUAGCCAUUCCUCUCUAGGCCUUGAUGAUCUCGCGACAUUACCACCAGUUCCCCAGGUGGAAACUGGCCAACGGCCACUAACUGCGGCCUUACGACGAAACCCCAUCCGUGACUCCAUCAGGGUCGCAAAGGGGAAAAACCGUCCGGUACCCAAUAAAGCUCGCGCAGCAACUACUAACCAGGCAACGGUUCCUGAAGAGACGUUCCCUGAGAUGUCAGUCAGACCAGACCACAGUAUUGACUCUGCUGACCCCCCUAAUGUCCCGAGAUUUGCGUCUCAUUCCCGAAAACGAAGCAACACCGCUCCCAAACCAUUGCCAAAUCCAUUCAGGUCUUUCUCCGGUGGUGCCGUUGCCCCAUCUACAUACAGUUCAACCACAGCCGGAUCCUCUGAUCUAUACUCGCCAACAUCUGUAGCCCCUUCUAUCGCGCACAGCGGACAAAGUAGUUAUACACAUCGCACCUCUGAAGCCAGCGGACAUGCUCCCGUCGGCAUGGCCAACUUCUUCGACGCUGUUGGCACAGUGAGGAUGGAGGCGUUUGUUGAUAGAGGUGACGUCCCACGGCAGCGUGGUUACCGUGGGAGAAAAAAGGACCAGUGGCCCCAAAGCCCUGAUAUCGAGUUCCGCGAAUCAGAAGGCGGAAGCAAUGACUUCUUCCGAAGCUACGAUCCUUUCAGGGGUUUCUAG